AUGGGUCGUAGAAAAAUUGUACGUACGCCUGCCGAAGAAGAAAUUAAAAGAAUACGACGAGAAAAAGAUAGAGAGCGCAAACGUAACAAACGAGUGACACAAAGUAACAAAUCACGUAAUCAAUACGAUUCAUCUCAUUCGAAUAACUUAAAUUCUCAAUAUAUAAAUAGUACUAUAAAAGCAGUCAACGUAAGAAUACCUGAAAAUAUAAUCCUUCCUUCAAAUGUAACAUCCUAUGAUAUUUUAAAUAACCUUAUAAAUAUCCCUUCAACAUCCAGAGGAGGAUCAUCAUCGAGUCUUACAGUAGUUGAGAAAAGCUAUUCUAAUGGCAAGUUUUUUUCUGUAGAAUCUUCAGAUUCUCCUCUUGAUUCUAUCGAUAAUGAAGACAUUAAUACAACGACCAAAUCAUCAUUUUCAGGAAACGCUGAGCAUAAUUGUUCGUCUUUAUUGUCAGCAAAAUUUAUUUUACCUGAAAUUUCGUCUCGAUCAAGUAAUACAUCACUUCCUAAUACAUCCGAGUCAUCGCAUGAAUCAAUUGAUCAUGAUUAUUGUCGUCCAUUGAUUACGGACUAUACAUCGUCACAAAAUCAUUUCGAUCAUAAUUACACUAGAACUAAUGAUGAAAGUCCUUCUAAUAGAUCUUCAGUUAACCAAAACGUUAAUUUUAAUAAACCUACAAAUCAAGUAAAUUUGAACAACACCAAUAACAUUAAUAGAAUUUCAGAACAUUACAUAGGAGAAAUGAAUGUAAAAUGUAAGCAUUGCAAUGCAAAACAUUUUAUUACUGAGAAAGUUGCAAAUAAAUACAAUUCUUUUAAUGACUGUUGUCGACACGGUGAAGUAAACUUAGGACCUCAACCAGAUACUCCAGAAUUAUUAAAAUCACUAUUUUCAGAUACACAUGUAAAAUCUAAGAAUUUUUUUGACUGUAUUCGAAAUUUUAAUAGUUCGUUCUCUUUCGCGUCUUUUAAUGCUAAUUUAGCUAAUUUGUCGUCUCAAAGACGCGGUCCUUAUUGCUUUAAAAUACAAGGGCAAAUAUAUUAUAAAAUAAAUACAUCAUUAUAUCCAUCUCCAAAUGAGACUCCCAGUUACGGACAACUAUUCAUUGUAGAUUCUAAUGAAGCUGUCGAAUACAGAUCUGAGAGGAAUGUUAAUUGUGAUGUUGAUCUUUUGAAAGCAAUUGAUACUACAUUACGACAACAUAACAUUUUUGCGCGAUCGUAUCAGAUGAUGAAAGAUGUUUUAAAAGAUAAUUCUACGGUUGAUUCAGAUGGCAAUGUUAUUGAACCUGAAUUACAUUUAAUGUUUACUUUAAAACCUGGCAUGGAUGCGAGACGUUAUAAUUUUCAGAGAAUUAAUGAAGUUGCUGCAGUUUUUUCAACUACGGCAGAUGGUGGAAUUCCCGAGUCAUAUGUUACUGUUCAAAAUAAAACAGAUAAGUCAUUUCAAACUUUAAGUAGUCUUGAUCCUAAUUCGGAGCCUUGGGUCUAUACUCUUUUUUAUCCACAUGGAAAUCAAGGAUGGCACAUAUCUAUACCCUAUAGAUACAAAACCGGAAGAUGUGUGACUCGCGCGGAUUAUUAUAAGUACACGCAUAAAAUGAUUUUGUUGAAAUAA